UGUCACCAUAUAAAAAGAUGACACGACUAGUUUUGGGUCCAUUUCGUUGAAAGAUAUCGCUGAUUUAACAUGCAUCUAAAAAUAUUUUUGGUGUUUCUUCUCCAUAAAGUUUCUUCUUCACCUAUCGGCCAACUAACCGGAUUAGACGCAAUAGAUGGCCCAUCCCCCAUAGAAAACCAAGACGACGACUCAGAAUCUUUCAUUAACGUCUUACACGUCAAUGAAAACGUACCCAAUGAAGUAACAAUUCCCGAUGACAUAAUAAACGACGUUACAAAUGACGAUCUCGAAGAAACUAACUGCGGAACAGAUAAACCAUUCAGAAUUGGGAUAUCCGUUGCAACAACCCCCAUGGAUGAAUUAACUACAACUGAAGAAAUUAAUUUUUCAACCGAAAGCACCACAAAAGAAGACAAAGUAGAUACAACAACCUUAAAAGUUGACGUGGAGGAAAAAACGGUUAAUAUCGGGUUUAAAAAAACCACCAUAACUGAAUCCCCUACUUGGAAAACUUCCACAGUAAGAAACAUCGAAGUUAUCACCGAAAAUAUUCCAACCACGCAAAAAUUAGAGGGAAGAUUUGGAAACGAUUUAAACACCACUUCAGAAAGAACCCCAAAAAAACUUGCACCGACAGAAUCCGAAAAUAACCCGCACGGGUAUCCACAAGCCAUAUUCAACGGCGUUUUUGCAAUCGGCAGAUCAGAUUUUGCCCCGGAAUCAUCAACAACCCCAAAACCGGGUAGUUUCGGAUCAUCGUUCCUAAAUUUAGCAAAAAAAUUCGACGCUCGUUACAAAUAUAAAUAUUCAUGGUCGUUUUCUGGUGUGGAAAAAACAACUCCUAAACCGCCAGAAAUUGACGGUCCUUUAUUUAAUCAAAAAUUUUUAGCUAAAUUAACAUCUUCCAACGAAAACAUUAAAUUAAACGCUACAAAUUUAUCCGAAACGGGAAUUUUAACAACGAAACCAUCCGAUUACAAAGGAUUAAACCUGUAUAAACCAACCAUUGGUACCUUUUUAUAAAAAAAAAAAACAAAAAUAAAAUUUUAAUUGA